AUGAGCGAUCAGAUCGCAGUGCAGGGUAGCAUAGAUCGAUCCCUGGCGGCCGCUGCUUACAUAUGUGCUGGAACCUAUCUAGAAGUAGGGUCAGCAAAGGAAAAGGCCUUCGAGCUGCAAAGCCAGCCACGACCCUCACUAUCAGAACUGUCCGAGGCCUUGGACGAUAUUCCGCACGAGGCAAUACAACAGCGUUGUGAACAACCUUCCAGUUCCCAUUUCAGGAGAGUAAACUCGAAGACAAUAGUCUCCUUUGGGCCAGAUGAUCGUGAAAAUCCCGUGAAAUGGAAAAAGACCCGAAAGUUGCUCGUCCUGCUCACGGGUAUCAUGCAGGUCAUGAACAGCACCGUUGGCUCGUCGAUUUGCAGCAAUGCCAUCCCCCAAAUUGCAAAAGAGUUCCAUAUCACCAAUCAACAGAUGCUUGUUCUUCCCAUAUCCAUCUUUCUCAUCGGCUAUAUCGUGGGGCCCCUGAUGUGGGGACCCGGCUCUGAGUACUUUGGCCGACGACGUCCGUUACUGGUCGCCUUUAUCGGGUUCACGAUAUUCACUCUCGCCUGUGCCGUGGCCAAUUCUUAUACAUCACUGCUUGUCUUCCGGCUUUUCAAUGGGAUGAUGGCGUCUUGUCCAAUUGCGAUUGUGGGGGGGUUAUUUGCAGAUGUGCAUGAUGAUCCCACAUUGCGUGGUCGCCUCAUGGCAUACUUCAUGGCUUGUACGACUUUCGGUCCCGUCAUGGGACCCUUGAUAUCGGGAUUUGUCGCCGAUGUUAGUUGGCGGUGGUGUUUCUGGAUCGGCUUGAUAUUUGCGGGCACCACUUUACCUCUGGUGGCUCUGAUGCCCGAGACUUAUGCCCCCGUGAUCCUCAAUCACCGGGCACGGAAGCUUCGAAAGGAGACGGGAAAUACUAACAUUGUUUCUCCACUGGAAUUUGAGAGUCGAGACAUUCGAACGACUUUCUUAGUCACGAUAUCGCGACCUUUUCGAAUGCUCCUUCAUGAGUCGAUCGUCAGUUUGACGUCUCUGUAUCUGGCGCUGGCAUAUGCGAUCUUUUAUCUCUACUUUGAGGCGUAUCCCAUCAUUUUCCAAGGCGUUUACCAAAUGAGCCCCGGCGUUUCGGGUUUGAUGUUCUUGCCGAUUGGAGCAGGAGCCAUCCUAGCCUGCUUCGUCUUCAUCUGGUACGACGGCUACCUGGCCCGCGCCAAAGCCCGCCAAGCCAGCUGGGCCAAGAUCGAAGAGUACCGUCGUCUUCCCCUUGCCUGUGUCGGCGGGCCCCUCUAUGUGAUAUCUCUCUUCUGGGUCGGCUGGACCGCCUCUCCCAACAUCCACUGGGUCGUCCCGUUCUUAUCUGGCAUACCAUUUGGGAUGGGCUAUCUGCUGAUCUUCAUGGCCAUGCUAAACUAUCUCACCGAUGCAUACGAGACGCUCUCUGCGAGUGCCCAGUCAGCGUCAAGCUGUACGAGAAGUAUUCUGGGAGCCGUUCUUCCACUGGCGGCGAAACCGAUGUUUGAUCGAUUAGGGGUCCAUUGGGCCUGUAGCUUGAUCGCGUUUUUGAGUCUGGGGGUCUCGAUCGUCCCGUUUGCGUUUAUCCGGUAUGGGGAUCGGAUCCGGAAGACUAGCAUGUUUUGUCAGGAACUCAAAAGGAUCAAGGAGGCUGAGCGAAAUGGGAUGGGACAGGAUAUCCGUAUCGACGUCAAAUGA